UUGCCAUAUGUGCACCACCACCAUCACCACCACCAUCAUCAUCAUCAUCAUCAUCAUCAUCAUCAUCAUCAUGUAUCUCCACCCAUUCUCUCACACACACUUCCCCACCAACAAUAAUCCUAUAUGGCCCCAUCACUCCAAACUUUGACCUCUGACAUGUCAGCACCCUCUUUCUCUCUCACACACAACCACCAUUUCACACACUGCGUUGUACCAACCGCCGUUCACAUUAAAAAAACAUUUAUUCAUUAUUGGAAUCACAAAACAAAUAGUUUAGAUGCCUAAAAAUACAAACCCCCAAAAAGCCUUAAAACAAAAAAUUCAAACUCAUAUGGCAGCUACUGCCUCUUCAAACCACCAUAAAAUUCACCUCCACAAAAAACCCACCACCACUCUCCCCUUCCGCCGCCGCCGGACCACCGUCACAAACCACCAACACCCAUCUGUUGUCUCGCCGGAAAACAGUUCUUGGUGCUGUCCGUCCACCGUUUCGUCAAACAAACACACACCCACUUCAUCUUCUCCGGCGGUGAGUCCGUCGCCGGAAUAUUUUCCCCGAUCUCCGGCGCCUGCCGGAAAAUCUCAAAUCUUGAAAAACUUGCCGGAAAAUCAAGAAAAUCUUGAAAACUCAACAAUGGCGACUGCUUACAACAAUCAAGAAGCAUUCCCAUCUUCUUUUUCGAAUUUCAACUCUGCCCUGACCGCCGGACUGUUAAAUCCGAUGUCUCCGCCGCCGCCCGCCGCCGAUAAGACCCGAUCCAGCCCGACCCUUUUCGAAAUGAUGGCUAAUGAGCCUGAUUGCAAGACACCCACUAAUUCAAACCCUAAGAAGUUCACUAAUUUGAAUCCAAAUGGACCAAAUCCGGUUGUUGUUGUUGAUAAACAGGUGUUGAUGCAGCAGCGGUUGUUGGAUCUUUUGGCAUGUCGGAGCCCCGGGAGUGGGUUUAAUGACCCGAAUUCGAGUGAUGUGAGGCUUACAUUGAGUUGUAAAGAUGGGUUGAGUGUUUGUAUGAAUGCUCAUAGGCAGAUCUUGGUGAGUCAUAGUCGGUUUUUCGCGGUUAAGUUGUCGGAUUAUCGGUCGAAAGGGGGGCAGCAACAGCCCUACAUUGUUGAGAUUUCUGAUUGUGAGGAUAUUGAGGUUUAUAUUGAGUCAAUUAGGUUGAUGUAUUGUAAGGAUUUGAGGAGGAAGCUUAUGAAGGAAGAUGUUCCUAAGGUUCUUGGGAUCUUGAAGGUGUCAGCAGCAAUCGGAUUCGAUGCCGGUGUUUUAUCUUGUUUGGAGUACCUAGAAGCUGCUCCAUGGGCCGAAGACGAAGAAGAAAAAGUAUCUUCUUUAUUGUCCGAGCUUCAACUUGAAGGGGCGGGUCCCGUUGAAGUUUUAAAACGAGUUUCAGUCGAUAUUACAUCAGGGGUUGAUGAAAGUACUAAUAACGAGGUUCUUCUUAAACUUUUGCACACGGUUCUUGAAGGAAAAGAUGAAAAGGCGAGGCGGGAAAUGAAAGUUUUGGUGGCGAAAAUGCUUCAUGAGAAUUCAUCACAUAACGAUUUAAGAAAAGAAUCUUUGUAUUCCGCUUGUGACAAAUGUUUGAUUUUACUGAAAAAACAUUUUAUAAAAGCUUCAAACGGGGAUUUACAAGACGCGGUUCAAAUCACGAGGCAAGCGGAUAAUUUGCAUUUUCUUCUUGAUAUUUUGAUCGACAGACAGAUUUCCGAGGAUUUUUUGAGAUCAUGGGUGUCGUUAACCGAGUUAUCUGAAGUUCAUUCUAAAGUACCUCCGCUUCAUAGAUACGAAAUUAGUAGAGUUACCGCAAGAUUAUUUGUGGGAAUUGGAAAAGGUCAACUUUUGGCUUCUAAAGAUUUGAGAUGUUUACUUUUACAGACAUGGUUGGUGCCUUUUUACAAUGAUUUCGCUUGGAUGAAACGAGCGUCUAGAGGGCUAGAUCGUCAUUUGAUCGAAGAAGGGCUCGGGAAUACUAUUUUGACUUUGCCUUUGACUUGCCAACAAGAAAUCUUGAUGACAUGGUUUGACCGGUUUUUGAACUCUAGCGAUGACUGUCCAAAUAUACAACGAGCGUUUGAGGUUUGGUGGAAACGCGCGUUUUGGAAAAAGGGUCACCAACAGCCCGAAAGGCCACGCCAGAAUGAAAAUUUAAAAAAUUCUUAAAACUCAUGAUCACCAGCAGCGGCCCGUUUUGCGUUGUGUUCUUUCUUUUAACUAGUGAGUAUGCGCUUAAUCUGAGAUUAACUUUUUAUGCCAAACAGUUUGGUGUAAAGAUUCGAUUCUUGGUCCUGAUUCUUUAAACAUUCUGAGGUUAAUCGACGUUUGUAUGUGCUCUAUCAGAAUCAGUAACAUUCUUGUUACCGAACAUGGUUUGUAUCAACGGUUUUUGUGUGAGAUAGGUUUGACCGACUCAAGAUCUUUGCGGUUCAACUGUGAUUAGCGUUAUGUUUCUGAUGUUUUCGGUCUUGCAUUACACUUCAGAAACUUAGGUUUACAGUUGAAGAAUUAUUAUCUUUCAAUUUUAUUCUCAAUUUGGUAGAAAAGGGGUGCAUAUGUUACCUUCAAGAAAGUGAAAUAUUCAUGUUUUGUAAUGGAAGAAUAUGAUGGUUGCUUGUUGUAGGUGAUGAGUUAUUUUCAAGUCUUAAUUUAAGGCAUUAUGUUAUUGAUCCCA